GACCUGAAUCUUAUAGCAGCUAAAGCGGGCAGAAACUGGACCCAUCUAUUAUGGAACAAUUCUUAUCCCAGAGCCCCAGUGAGAUCUGACUUGCAGGUGUGCUCCUCCUCCAGCUCUCCUUGCAUCUUUUGCAGCUGUGACAUGCAUACUGCUGGUUCUGCUGCUCUGUAUGUGCUUGCUCAGGGGUGUUGGCUGGUGAACUGCUGCUGCUCACUGCGGCUACGCAUCCUCCUCUUCUGCACCUGUGUAACCCAGGAGACGCAGAGAGAGAAAAAUCCGGAAGCCCGUUAGGAUCCCUGCGCACAUAUAUGCAGGCAGAUCUACUGCCUUACCUUGUUCUCUGUCCCUCUCUGUCUGUAUCUCUCUCUCCCAGAACCAAUUGCCUCCAGUGCUCUCUCUCCCCAUGUAGGAAGCUGUCACUGGGAAGAUAAGGGGAAUAUUCUUGUGCUGCUGCAAAAAGAUCUGCAGUCCUCUCUUUUUUUGUUUUUGGUUGCGCUGUGUGCCCCCCCCCCCCCCCAUCAGCCUACUUCUCCCAGCAUCCACUCUCUCCACCCCAUCCCCAAUUUGGCUAAAAGUGUUCUGGAGUGCUGACAGACCAACAGUAGAACAGAAGAAGCAGUCGUGGAGUUUGGGAGACGGUGGUCCCUGUACUCGGGUGUGCACUCAAGGGAACCAGGUCAUGGCCACGCUGUUCAUCGCCCUGACGCUCGGGGUGUGGGGUACCCAAGCUCUGGAGAUGUCGGUGGGGAAGGUACCAUUCCUAGAGGCAGUAAACGGUAGCACUGUGCUGCUGCCGUGUACCUACGCUAGCUGCAUUGGCAUCAAGAACCUCUACUUCAGAUGGCAGCACAAUGACAAUGGCACCAUGGACACGUUGUGUGAUUCGGUGAUCCCAGAAGAUGGUGUGGAUCCACAUGUGAACAUUUUCAAGGAGCGAGUGGAGUUUGUUGGAAAAAAUAAUAACAUCUCCAUCUUACUGUGGAACAUCACCUUCGAGGACGAGGGCCAGUAUACCUGCUACGGACGCAACCCCAAAGAAAAGGGCAAAAACCACAGCGCAAUCUUCACCCUCUAUGUGGUGGAUGAGCUGAAGGUGGUUGAUAACACACUGACCAUCAUUAUUGCAUCAGCUGUGGGUGGAGCCAUCGGCCUGUUUGUGGCCUUCAUGCUGCUGAAGAACUUCACCCUUUUUGUCAUCGCCAAGAUUGAAGAGAAGAAUAAAGAGUGCCUGGUUAGCUCCUCAGGGAUUGAUAACACAGAAAACGGCCUCUCAGGAUCCAAAGCAGAUUCUAAAGCAACACCAAAGAAGGCAUGAAAACAUGCAUGAGAGAGUCCCCAAAAUGGCAGGAUGAAAUAUGGCAGCCAGUUUCAUUUCAUGAAAGGGGAGGGAGCAAUUACAAACCCUUGAGGGCCAUUCAGUACCAUUCUGGUUUGUUCCUCAACUACCUCCCUUUGCAGAGAACCUGUUCACUUGUUGCACAUCACAGAAUUUGUCACAAAAUAGCUUGCUCGAGGGAUGAGAACAAGGGAAGGGGAUGUGUUAAAGUGGAUCCGAAUGCAACCCUGGAUAGAUUUUGUCCUAUUUGCUUGAGAUGAAACACAGAUAAACGCUUUAAGCACCCUCUGCUGGUAGGGGAGACUUUAACUGCUGCAAACAAAUUACUGUAGAACUGCUAAAAAUGCUGAUGAGUGAAACAAAAACAAUCCUCCAAUAUAUGUUCUUGUAGAAAUUAAGAUAUUUUGAUGAUGCUGCUACUAACAAUUAACCAGUACAAUUUUAGCAUGCAUAAAAAGGGUCAACAUUUUAUAUUUACAGUGUUGGUAACUGUCUUGUUUUCAUAACUUGCAGAGUAUCCACAUGGGGUCAGUAUCUGCACACAAUGUGUUAAACUGGUGGAUGAGACCGCAAAAGACAACAGGGAUUAAACAUGGGGAACAGGGUGCCAAAAGUAGGCAGUGUAUUAAUGUGGGGAACAGUGUGUCAUUGAGAGAGAUAAGAAGCUGCUGUGGAUACCUAUGUCGCAGCCUGCUUGGUGCUUACCACUGAAGCCCAUCUCACACUGAUGCACAGUAGGCUGACGCAGGCUGGAAGACAGGACAUUGCAACACUGUUAGCACCAUCGUGUCCUUUAGAGGCUGUUGCUUUUCAGUGCAUAUUAAAAAUACAUAUCCCACAUAUAAAGUAGAUACCACAAUAUACUUUUAGUGUCCCCAGUAGAAUUUUAAUAUUUCCAGGAUUCAGGGCACAAAUCUAAAUGUGCUUGUGGAACUGGUCACAGUAAAUGUAAUUAAAAAAGAACCAUUCUAAUUUCUUCAAAUGUAUUUUCUCUCACAAUCUUUGUGGCAGUGGAAAUAAAAAUAUCCAUGAAGGGCAGGUGAUGGGGUUGUUGAAAUAUAUUAAAAGAUGUGUGUGACCACUGACACUGACAAGAAUUGACGCAUUUCUCUAAUAGGUCUCAAGGGACACUAAAUAAAUGAUAAAAUAACAACAAAAAGUAAAAUUCUUUGCGUUUUGAUGAAACCAGGAAGCAGCACAGGAAGCAGAGAGGUGGUGGGCACAAGAUUGUAGCACACUUGCAAGAGCCAAAUUGGUUCAAUAUUCAGCAUUUCAGAAUAUUACUGCUGCACUAUAUGCAUACCAGCUAUUUAAACUGGCCCUUAGCCAUACAUAUAUUUAUCAGGGUAAAGUUGAACACGAAUGUAUCACAUUAUACUUUUUUUAGAUGUACCUCAUCUAAACAUUGUUCCUGUGUGCAGCAUAAAUGCUGUUGUAGAGAUGUUAUAUAUAAAGGGGGAAUUUUACUUGUAAUUAUCAAAGCUGAGGAUUAAAACACAAUGAAUGAACCACCCCAGCCACCCACUCCAUGUAUCUAUGGCCUCAAACUCCAAGAAAACAGAAUGUAAGUGGGUUGGGUGGCAGCGUGGGAGGUUUUCAUGGGUACGUUAACAAUGCACACAUAUUUUAUAAUACUGAAUGAGCAAAUAUGUCAAUUAUAAUACGAUAAUAUACAGGCAGCAAUAAAAAAAAUAAUAGACAGGCAGAAAGGAAUUGAAUUCAGGCAGAGACCCAAAAUUGCUCAGGAUCACUGGGUUUUAUGCUAGUGUUGUGGCACUAGCAUAAAACCACAAUGAGUAGUUCUCAUAUCUACUUUCUGAUAUAAUUUUUAAAAAGCAUUACAGGUAUUGUUAGGAUAACUUUAGAUAAAAACAAUAAUUAAGUGACAAUUACAAAACUCAUUGUAUAUAAUUUGAUAAUAUAAUUAACACCAUCCAUACAUUAUUAGCUAGUCCAGGCAUGCUACCACCCACUCUGCUCCCCCAGAACUGACACUGUUACUACAGAGCAGAUUCUAGGCAUAUGCAAGAAAGGUGGUCACCUAGGGUCUGGAAUCGAUCCUCCCCAGUCGCUCCCCACACCCCUUUCCCCGGUCCACAAUUUCUCUGAAACCUUCCCUCAAACCACAAAAUCUUGCCUAGGGUAGCAGAAAGGGUAGAGGCAUGCCUGCUUAUCCUUGUGUUUUCUUUCCUUAUUUAAGGAUAUCCCUUUUCUCCAUUGUUGAGCUAUACAUGUGAAUGUUCUUAAUACACUGAAAGAUGCCUGUAUGUACCCUUUGAAUUUUGUAUGGACUGUUAGACUUUUAUCUCUCUUUUUCUCUUCACUCCUGUUCAGUUAGUAACUUUUUGGGACCCAAGAGGGUUGAUGGUUUGGAUCACAAACUGAGCUGUACCAUGCACAAGCAGUGUUUAACUGUCAAAACGUCACUGUCAGUUGCUCUUAUUAUGUUGAAGUGGCAAUAGGAAAAGAUUUUCUUUUUUCUGUAAUUAUGAAUGGGCAGUUUUUCUUUCAGUGGUCAAGCAAUAAUUGGUCUGUAGAUUGUCUUUCUGUCAGUAUAAACCAGUGUUUCCCAAACCUUUCCUUAGGUACCCUCAAGCCAGAUAAAGGUAUUUGAUGUGUUCCACUGCAAGCACACUAAAACUAAUCAAGCUGUGAGGUGUACUUAUGAUGGAACACAUCAAAUACCUGGAUCUGACUGAGGGUACCUGAGGAGAGGUUUGGAAACCCCCAGCAUGAACAAAUUCAGACAAAAAGUCCAAAGGACUUUGUAUCUUUAUAUUAUACGUUCCUUGUCCCUCUAUUCCACAGAGAGAGAACAAUCUGAGAUAAAAAUUUCACUCAUGAUUGAGACUGUUAUGAAAUUAUUAUUUCUUAUGUUAUUGUGACAUGUAUUGUCCUGAGGUCUGUCUCUGUGCUCUGUGCAAGCCUCUGAUCAAAAUUGAAAGAGAUACGUAAUGUUGUGCAGUAUCUCUUUCAGCUGUAAUGUUGUGCAGGUAAAGUCUGAAAAGAUUAUGACAUUCAUAGUGAUGGGAAUAAAAAUCAUCAUCACCAUCAUAAUUAAAAGUACAGUAUGUGGAAUGAGUGGUAGCAGUGCAUGGACUGUAUGGAUAGCAAUGAAGAAAAUAUUCAAAAUGAGCCCAAGGUUAAAAAUAAAUUAAUGAAUAGCUGUGUACUACGAAGACAGGUUGAAGCUGUGGUUAUGAAGCUUUAUAGUAUGUUUAAUGUUUAACAAUAGCUUAUACAAAUAUUUUAAAACCUGCUCUUGUAGCAUAUGACAACUAAAAUAGUCAAUUCCCCAUUUGCUAAUCAUAUAAUGCUUCUAGUAAACAGCAAAUAGUGAACAUGUUAAUACUGCUGAGUAAAGUGGAUACACAAGAGCUGUGAUCCAGCCACAAAUCAAAGAUGUUAUUGAGUUGAUUCACAGAUUAGAAUGACUGAUGUCUUGAUGGGCUGCUUCAUCGGAAGUGGGUUACAUGCUACCAGAAUACAGAGCUUGACUACAGAGAGUGUUCCCCUUACCCCUUAUAUGGUCACUAUUCACCAGGAUGAAAAGUCUCUGUAAAAAUGACAAUCUAAGCUUGACGUAAAUAAAGUCUGUAAGCUUGCAACAUG